AUGAUGACAUCCAACAUCGCAGAAUCACUCAACGCUGCACUAAAAGCUGCAAGAAAUCUCCCCAUUGAUAUCUUGGUUGAAUGCCUUAGAAGUUUGGUUCAAAAGUGGGUUUGGAACAACUCAAAUAAUGCAAAUGGAACAUUCACAAAAGUCUCUGCAGCAACAGAAAAUGAAUUGAGACAUGACAUUGUUUCAAAAAUGAAGUAUGAGGUCUUGCCUUUCAACACAAUAGAAUACCAAGUUCGUGAUCAAAAUGGGACAAAUUUCACAGUAAAUAUACAUAAUAGAACAUGCACUUGCAAUAGGUUCCAAGAAGAUGAAAUACCUUGUGGCCAUGCAGUAGCUGUCAUUGCAAAAAGAAACUUGAGUGUGUAUGAUUAUUGUGCAAAAUUCUACAGAACAGAAACGUUGAAAGCAUUGUAUCAAGAAAAUGUUCAUCCUUUACCCCAUAAAGAUGAAUGGAAUCUCCCACAACACUUGGACAUACUAGUGCUGCCUCCAAAUGCAACAAUCCCUGCAGGAAGACCAAGAAAGAAAGGUAUAAGAUCAAGAGGGGAAAUUAAGGUAAUAAUCACCUGUGGGAAAUGUGCACAACCAGGACAUAACAGGAAGACUUGCAGGAAUCCUCCAUUUCAGAAGCCAAAUAAACAGAAAAAGCCAAAGACAUAG